AUUUAUCCAACAACUAACUGAAGCUAAGAAGAUGUCCAAUAAUUCCACUUCUCAAUCAAAAGAUGGUUUUGAUGCUAGUGGUUUCACAUAUGGCGUAGCAUUCAUACUAGGUUUGAUCUUCUUACUUGCUACCAUAGCUUUUGCAUGUUUCCGCAUUCGCAGAAUUCGAAUUCCUAACAUAUUUAACAUAGUAGCCGGUGUUCCUCCAUCGUCACAAUCUCAUCAAACAUUGGAACACCACGUGGAUAUUCGUAUCGACACGAGUUAUGAGAAUUACCCUAAGAUGCCAUAUUCCGAUGAGGUAAAGAACAAAAAUAGUGUUGUGGGUGGAUGCACCAUAUGCUUAGGAGACUAUAAAGAGAGUGAGAUGUUGAGGGUUCUUCCUGGUUGUGGCCAUGCCUUUCACCAACCUUGUGUUGAUCCAUGGCUCAUGUUGCACUCCACAUGUCCCAUAUGCCGAAAAUCAUUGCCUACUCAAGCUCCAUAGUAUAGUCCUAGAUCUAUAUCUUAUAGUACUUUAAUUUAUUGUAAGCUAUACUUUGGAGGUAUUUAGAUUCCUGUAUAAUACGCUUCACUCACCUGAAUAAUACCUAUUAUGAUUAUUCGGUGAGCACUUUUCAGAACUUUUUGUGUAUAGGAUAUGUAAGUAAACAUGGAUGUAUUUGUUUAUUUAUUUGACAGGGGUAUAUGUAUAUAUGUGCUUAUUUACUGGUAAGGGAAAGUCUAGGGGGCCAGCAAUUCUAUUGAAUUUUGGCCAGUAUGUAACCAGCAGAGAAAUGUGAGCCAUUAGAUGAAAUCUCAUACCAAUCUCACACCAUCAAAUUAUCAUUGAUGGUUAGUUGAUGGCUAACAAUCACAAAAGUUGCUAUCUCCUAACAUUGCUCUUACUGGUAUACUUCAUGAAAUUAUAUAUUGGGAUGUAUUAUUAAGAUGUACAAUGAAGAGUGUUUAUUUA